AUGGUCGAGCUGGCUUUGUCCUGCUUCGACCGUGAUCAACAGCACGGCAUUCCAGGUUUCUGGGGCGGCUAUUGCACACUAGUCAAGAAGGCAGAAGACCUUUCUGUCAUUCUUAAACAUCAUCUUAACGCCACAUCCAUUCGCGAAGACCCAAUAGCUUUUAGCCUUUACAUGAACUUGCGCGCUACCGAGAUCUUCUUACGCGAUAUGGCCAUCACGAAAAGCGAAGAGCAAGGACUUCCACCAUAUAUGAUAAUCGAGAAUCAACGCCGCGCUACUGCUGCUGCAUUCCAGAUGUGUAACGCAGUAGGCCUCAAUUUGCCGUCACCACGGAAGGCAAACAGCGACAUUAUCAUGCUGCAAGCGAUAUUCAUUGCUUGGCCCUUAUUCAUGGCAUUGAAAGCGUUACGUCAUGAACUCAGAGAUGGAGAGGUUCAGGAAACUACAAACGGCGUCGUGGCCGCGUCCAAAUUGCUCUUCGCCGCUCUAGAUCAUAUUGAGGAAUCGGACGGACACUGGCACCAAUCGUUGACCCAUGUUGGUACAAAGCUGCAGGAAUGGGAAGAGAAGACUGAGUUCAACUCAUCGGCUCUGCGAUUGUCCCUGCAACCAUGA